GUGUGUUUACGCCAUGGUUUACGCUCUUGUGUUGAGGACUGACCCGUAAACAAGCCGACGCGAGUUAAACAGCGCAAGAAUAUUUACUAGUUCAUCUUUACUUGUUUAACCGACAUUCAUACGUCAGUGUUUCACCAACAGGAGGAUGAGAAGCGUGUUGUCUGAUCUGCAGAUGCUGACGUGAUGACUCUCGUAGCCGGUAGCCUACAUGCUGCAUCUAUGGCACAGACCCGGACGUGCGUCCGUCACCCUCUCCCCACUGUGGAACCCGUUCUGUCAUCUACACGUCAAAAGACAGUUGGGCUGCAGACUCUCCUGGGGACACGUGCGACGCCGAGGGUCCUGGUUGUGUGGUGUCGGCCCACUCAGGUUUCGAGUCGUGUGCCACCCCAACAUCUCCAACUUUAGCACGUCGACGUGCCGUGGGUCGAUAGACCUGAGAUAUCACAUGUCUCGCCUGCGUAGCACGCUGGACUUGGUCUCCAAAGUGGUGAGUGGAACGCAAGUGGAGAUUCGAACCCUAAUCGGCCGACUCAAACCGAGCAGCGAUCGAGAGGGGGAAGCGAAGGAGGCAGGUCAAGAAACACCUUCAGAGAAAGAGCAGGAGAGAUUCUCAACCUCGGCUCCACCUCAGGAUUUACCUGAGACUCCGCCCUCUGCCCCGCCUUCCACUACAGCUGGGACCUUGGAACAGAAUGGGCUUAGAUUGACAGACACUUGUCACAGUACCAAUAACAUUACUGCUACCUCCCAGACCGCCACACCUCGGGCCAAAAACACAGCCCCGCCUUCAAACCCUGUCACGGCCCAGCAGACCACACCCCUCUUCCACCCUGGGUCCCUCAGCGCCCACCUGGGCGAGACCUACAGCUACCUGUCUGAGCAUAUUAACUCUUAUUUUGGCAGCUUAACUAAAACAGACGAGAUUAAAGACAUCGGCUCAUCCACGCAGGUUGAUUCGACAAAUGGACAGGAAAGUACUUCUCUUGUGCCGGUGAAAGAAGUCCAACCUUCAGUCGCAAGUUCUGCUGUCUCUGUCAAUAAAGGACUCGGGAAUUACUUCACCUACUCGUCACCGAGCGUCCAAGCGUUCGUAGGAAACUACAUCACCCCGCUGGUUCCCAGGUUCAGAAGUGAGGACAAAGUGCAGGCAGACAAACCUUCUCAUGCUGAGAACGACGCCGGUAAACUGAAGAAAACGUCGAGUAAAGAACAGAGAGACGCAGAUGAGAGAGCCAGACGUCUAGUGCUGCAGAGAGAGAAGAUCAUUGCUCGGGUGAGUGUGGAUAACCGGACCCGGGCUCUGGUGCAGGCUCUUCACCGCGCGUCAGACGUGCGUCUCUACAUCAGCAGGGUGGAGGAACUCAGUCUUCAUCUGCUGGAGUUUCCAGAAACACGAUCUGCGGCUAUCAAGGAAAAGGUUAUUCCACGUCUGCUCCGCUUGCGUCAGGCGAGCGACGCGUCUCUGAAGGCCGCUGUGAGGGAGGCUUUGGCUCUGGGGGGCUACAUCGAGCCAGUGAAGAACAGAGGCAUCCGGAUCCUGUCCAUCGACGGAGGAGGAACCAGGGGUCUGCUGGCCCUUCAGACUCUUCACAGGCUCGAGGAGCUAUCGGGACGACCCAUCUACCAGCUGUUUGACUACAUCUGUGGUGUCAGUACAGGUGCUAUAUUGGGCUUCAUGCUGGGGGUCUUUCAAAUCCCGCUGAAGGAGUGCGAGGAUCUCUACAGGAAGCUGAGCUCCGACGUCUUCAGGCAGAACGUGAUUGUAGGAACGGUGAAGAUGGGAUGGAGUCACGCCUUCUACGACAGCGAGAUCUGGGAGAAAGUCCUCAAGGAGAAAAUGGGCUCGGAUAUUCUCAUCGAAACAUCACGUAACCCCGACUGCCCAAAGGUGGCGGCGGUGAGCACAGUAGUAAACCGGGGCCCUCCAAUAAAGGCCUACGUAUUCAGAAACUACACCCUGCCGCCCGGUGUACGCUCGCAUUACCGUGGCGGCUGUCACCACAAGAUGUGGGAGGCCAUCCGAGCGUCGUCUGCAGCCCCGGGAUACUUCCAAGAGUUUGCGCUUGGAAACGACCUACAUCAGGACGGAGGUUUGCUGAUCAAUAAUCCCACGGCUCUGGCCAUCCACGAGUGUCAGUGUCUGUGGCCCGGCGUUCCGCUCGAGUGUGUCGUUUCUUUGGGGACCGGACGCUUCGAGACCACCGGUAGGAAUAGCGUCGCCUACACCAGUCUGAAGACCAAACUUUCCAACGUCAUAAGCAGCGCCACAAACACUGAAGAAGUUCACACCAUGCUGGACGCUCUUCUCCCUCCACACACGUACUUUCGUUUCAACCCGUACAUGAGCGAGGAGGUUCCUCUGGACGAGAGCAGAGACGAGAAACUCCAGCAGAUGCAGACCGAGGGGCUUCGGUACCUCAAGCGAAACCAGGAGAAAGUCAGACGAGUCGUGGACAAGCUGACGCGAGACAAGAGUUCCGUCCAGACACUGACGGAGUGGCUUCGACUCAAAGCGUACAUGUACGAGGGUUUGUACAAAGCGUAGGACGAAAACUACCUCUCCAUGAAAACGUGCUAAAAUGUCCAGUCCCUCACAUCCCUCUUGCUCAAUAUUAAGAAGAAAUUUACCGUUACAACCUUUACGGGGGUUUAAUUAUCCAGACGAAACUCAAGGUGUUUUAAAGAGGAAUUAUUAGAUCUUACAUUACUUUCGUUGUAUGUUGACAUGAUAAAACGACAGAAAACUCCCUUAAAGGAACAGUUCACCCAAAACUGACUGACUCGGUCACCAUUCGCUUUCAUUUGAACAUCCUUCCAUUCAGUGACAGUGAAUCAGGCUAAAGCGGUUGGAUAUCUAAAAAUCACGUCGGGUUUUACCCAAAGCCUUGAAUGAUCAGACAUCAAAGGAGACCGUCUUUAGUUUUGUAUCGCAACGUCCGAUAUAAAAAAUUCACAUUUACACUUUCCACUAUUUUCCAAUUAAAAUGAUUCAAAUUUGAUGGUAAAACGAACAUCAAAACAUUACACACAAUUAAGAAGACAGGGAACUGUUGAAUACAUUUGUGCCAUGCCAUAAUCGAAUAUAUAUGCGAUGCUGCCUAUAGUUGAUGUGAAUGAUAUAAAAUAAGCUCUAAUAUGAUCUGUUUCUAAUAUUCUAAUUAAACACUAAGAUUUCAAGAUUAAUUCAUAGUUAAAAUUGCCACUAAAAUAAUUUAAGCUCAGUGAUGUGAGAGUUCUUGUGACCAAUCACAGUCUGCGGCUCGUCCGCGGGUCUGUGUGACAUAAUACGGUCCAGAUGACAUGUUUGAUCAUUUAUUUAUCAAGCACUUACUGUAAUUUUGUGUGAUUUAGAAACAGGCGAGAUGUUGUUUUAGUUUGGAAGCUUUGAAGCUUUUAUUUUGACAGGCCUCUCGUGUCUCUAUAUAGAGUACAAAACCUAAACAUAUGGAAGCACUUCGUCACGCCACGGCUGAACGUGAUUGAUUCUUAUGAAUCAUAUAAAGCAACUCUGAAAUGAAUCGUUUGAGCUCUUUCACACCUGAUACUUGAAGAUCCACUCGUUCUGUUUGUAGUUUUAUCAAUCUUGAGUUUUUAUUUAUAACAUGUGCAUUUGACUGUUGGGAUUCAUUUGUUUUUAGUUGAUGAAAUACAGUACAUACUGUAUGAAAUACAUAAGCUUUUGACAUAGUAGAUGUUCUGAAUCCGACGCGUUUGUUUCACGCACACAUACGUGUACAAAGACAUUCAAGCUGUGUUAUUGAACUUUAGCUGUGUUUAAACCAUUUAUAAAUGCAGGAGUUCAUACUAAAAUAAAAGUCAGUCUGAAGUGGUGAAAAACACUCAAUUGUUAUCAUUUUCUUUAUCAUCCAUAAAAUCUUUUUCUUUCACGUUUUAUUUUCAUUCUACUGUUAUUUAAACAAAAUUCAGUUCAUAUUUAAUAUGUGCAUGUUUUCUGAUUUCAUCCUUGUGCUGUGGUAUUUCUUUCCUGCUCAGGGUUUUAACGGUCAGUAAGUCCGUGUGUAAAAUAAUCUGUCUGAAUGUGUUUUAAUCCCUUUUGGGUGAAGUUCUCAAAGGAUGCGUUGUAAAUCAGAGUCUAAAUAAGACUAAACCAUGAAGCUGUUAUCGAGAAAGCAUCUUUGCAGUGUUAUGAAUAUAAAGACAUAUAUGAAGAUUAAACUGUUUCCAUUCGUUUUAUUUGAGAAAUAUAUUAAAAUAAUAAAU